CUUCGUUUAUGGAAGCGUCAGCACAACUAACAAUGGUGGUAAUAAUAAUGAUAAAAAUGUUAAUGCAUAUUGAGAUAGUUAUAGGAAAUAAGACUAGGUAAAUAAAGGUAGGUCUGAUGUUGGUCCAAAUGAAAUGUAGAAUGUCAGAGACUAAAAAUAGCCAUGUGGGCUACAAAGUCAGCAAAGCCUAUCUGACUCAUGCACUUUCUGGGAAAUCAGCUCAUAUGCUGUGAUUCUGAUAUUAUCACGCUGCACAGUUUGUUACUUUGAUUCCAGGUACUUUCUCCGGCCUUGUACUGUAUAUUUCAACUCUGUUCACCAUGAGAAAACUUUUUUUCCCCCCAUUUUCAGUUUUGUGUUUUGGAACUGCCUUUCUAAAAGGAGAGAAAAGGAAAGAAGCUUUCAAGUUUCCAAGGACGAAGGAGGAGUUUGUGUUGCGGGGAGGCAACAUGACUUUUUCUCUCACACUUUCAUUGUGACAGAUCUUACAGCAAGUGGUAUCCCAUAGAGUUACGCGACAGAAAAACACUCUAUUCUCAUUGGAGUAUUAAUUCAUACAUUAUCAUUAUUCGCUGUAAUGUGUGGAUAUUUUUCACAUAGUUAUUUGUGCAUCUAAGACAGAAGCAUGAAUUUCCAUGCAAGAAGAGUUACCUUGCCGGCCAUCACACCACUUUGUCUGCAGAAGCGGGUAAUCAAAGUUUAUAAUGAAGAUAACACCAGCAGAGCAGUAGAAGUUCCCAGUGACAUCACUGCCAGGGACGUAUGCCAGCUGUUUGUCCUGAAGAACCACUGCAUCGAUGACCACAGCUGGACCCUGUUUGAAAACCUCCCACAUCUGGGAAUAGAGAGAACCAUUGAAGACCAUGAGUCUGUUAUGGAGGUGCUCUCAGGCUGGGGGAUGGACACAGACAGCCGGCUGUGUUUUAGGAAGAAUUAUGCAAAAUAUGAAUUCUUCAGGAAACCUCUGGAGUUUUUCCCGGAUCACAUGGUCUCCAUAUCCAGUGAAACCAAUGGCAUGGUGGAUCCCUCUCAGCUUAUACAGACUUUCCUCAACUCCAGCACUUGUCCAGAGAUACAUGGGCACCUUCAUGCCAAAGAGAUAAGCAGGAAGUCGUGGAAGAAGUUUUAUUUUGUCCUGCGGAGGUCGGGGCUUUAUUUUUCCAGUAAGGGAAUGUCCAAGGAACCAAGGCAUCUCCAGUUCAUCGCCGACUUCAGCGACUGCGACGUCUACAGCGUCCUGUCUGCCAAAAAACUGCACGGAGCGCCCACAGAUUACGGCUUCUGCGUCAAGUCCACAAAGUGCUGCUCGGCGCGGGACCUGAAGCUGUUCUGUGCCGACGAUGAGCCGACCAGGACCUGCUGGAUCACGGCCUUGCGCCUGUUAAAGUAUGGGAUGCAGCUUUACCAAAACUUCAUUCAGCCACACCAGAGACAAAAAGCCUCACCGAUGAGAAGCAUCUCUGAGAACUCUCUGGUGGCCAUGGAUUUUUCCGGCCAGAAGAGCCGCGUCAUCGAGAACCCGUCUGAGGCGUUGUCUGUGGCUGUAGCGGAAGGUCUGUCAUGGAGGAGGAAAAGCUGUCACCGUCUGAGCGGUCAUGGGAGCCCGUCCACAUCACUGAGUUCAAUGUACAGCAUAGCGCUGCACAUGGCUCAGGCAUGGUUCCACAGCAAACUGUCGAGGGAGGAGGCUCAGCGGCUGAUCACUCAACAGGGCCUUGUGGAUGGAGUGUUUCUUCUGAGGGACAGCCAAAGCAACCCCAAGACGUUUGUACUGUCACUGUGCCACAUGCAGAAAGUCAAACACUUUCAGAUCUUACCUGUGGACGAUGAAGGCGAGUUAUUCUACAGCCUGGACGAUGGUCACACACAAUUCACAGACUUGAUCCAGUUGGUGGAGUUUUAUCAGCUGAACCGCGGCGUGCUGCCCUGCAAGCUCAAGCACCACUGUGCCCGGAUCGCCCUGUGAACGAGGGAACCAGGAGACCCCCCCCACCCGCCCCACCCCGGGGGCCCGCGUGCACCUUUUUAAACUCCAGGGCCUUUUCUGGACAGACACUCCCAGCGCCCUUGUGCCUUGAAACAGAAAGCUACAGUCCAAUCAAUAACUUAACAGCCAUGGUAACUGAAACCACUGUUUUUCUCCAGUCCCACUCUGGUACAUGGUCUGUCUUGUUUUUCCUUUUGCAGAAAAAGCUGAAUCUGAUAAUCGACUGUGUAAUAAUGACUCUUCGGCCCUGUAAUGUCUCCAUCAUGUGUGGGGGCUUCUCCUCCUGCAUAAUGUAAAGCAGCAACAUCAUGCCAGCAGUGAAAGAUAGUGUAGCUGGAAAAUAUAAUGUUGACUGCAGUGUGUAUAGUGUAAUUAUAUACCGGUCAGUUAUAGUCUGUCAAAGCUAAUGAAGGUUGAAUCCCAACAGAGCACUACAAGAAUUGUUUAUAUGUGACCAUGUUGUGUGGGGAGUUGUAGUCCACAACACCUCCGCCUUGUUAAAUCUGAGUAAAACUAAGCUAUCGUUGCACGUCAUUGCAUCGCUCUGAUUAUUCAGGUAUUUUUUUUUUUGUAAGAAAAUGAUUGUUUUCUAUUUGAGAGAUAAAAUGACGACGUCUCAGGAAGAGUCACUGUGUGUGUGCAGGACUGAGACUGCUGAGAGAGAGACGGAGGUGAAGUACAGGCGGAGAGGCGGCACACAACCUCACCCUUUUGAUUUUAAACCUAUGUGAUUCAAUGAUUCAAUGUUUAUCGCGUGAAGUUAGUCGUGAGCUCCCUGUGGAGUGACCUAUUUCACCAAUUUUAGACAAAAGCCAUCAAGAUGAAAAAUCAGAAAUUUUACUGUAUGACUGAUGUUUGAUCGUAACCGGAUUCAGUGUAUAUUGAAAUUAAGCUUUUAUAUUUUCCAAAGAUACAGGUACUAAGAUUGCAGAACCUGGGUAGGUCGUACUGUGACGUUAACACCACUGAUGUGGGUAUCCAGCGUCAGACUGUGGUUUGUAAAGCCUCGGACAUGAUCGACAUCGCCAUGUUGUGCUUGUUGUUCCUUUUCUUUUUUUGACAACAGUGCAUUGAACAAUGAAUGUCCUGGACUGCAUAGUUCACAUAUAAAAAACACAGUCUGUUUGUAA